AUGGAUAAGUGGCUCAAAAAAGCUUCUGAAAAACAACCGUGCGUAGAAGUAUCAGCGGAAUCUACUUCAGGGACUGAAUGUGUAGAUACAGAAGAAAUUCCUUCGAAGAUAAGAAAAGUUAUUAGAAAAUAUGAUGCUAACUACAUUAGUAUUGGAUUCACCGUUACGGAGGUCAAAAAUGAACCUCGUCCUCAAUGUGUAGUCUGCUUUGAAAUUCUAUCAAAUCAAUGUAUGAAACCGUCGUUAUUGAAACGCCAUCUUACAACAAAACAUUCGACAUUAGAAAACAAACCUAAAGAAUAUUUCCUUCGCAAAUUGAAUGAAAUGAAAAUUUCAAAAAAGAUAAUGUCUUCUUUUACGAGCAGUACUCAAAAAGGUGUGCAAGCGUCCUUUUUAGCCAGCCUAAGAAUAGCACAGUGUGGAAAAGCCCAUACAAUAGGUGAAGAAUUGUUGUUACCUGCUGCAAAAGAUAUGGUGAAUUGCAUUUUGGGCGAAAACGCUGCUAAGCAAGUUCGGCGUAGGGUAGAUGCUAUGGCAUCAAACGUGAAGAACAUAUUAAUAGAUAGAAUAAGAAGUAGUGAUUUUUUUGCCAUUCAACUUGAUGAAAGCACGGAUGUUACAAAUUAUGCCCAACUUAUGGUUUAUGUACGGUACUUAUUUAAUACCGAAAUUAAGGAAGAUUACUUAUUUUGUACGACAUUAUCAACCCAUACUACUGCAGACGAAAUAUUUAAGAAUUUGAACGAAUUUUUUGAAGAAAUAGCCUCGAUUGGAAGAAAUGUGUGGGUUUUUGUUCUGAUGGUGCUCGAACUAUGA